AAAAUUCUUGAAGCUGUGAAAAAUGCUCAAUCUUUAAAUUCAAGCAUCAUUCGUAAACGUCACAGUAUUAUCACUGAGAUGGAAACAAUGUUAAAAUUAUGGUGUGAUAAUCAAGUAAAUGUGAAAAAUUGUCCUGUUGAUCAAAACACGGUGUGCUCUCAAGCUAAGCUGAUUUUUGAGAGAUUGAAAGAGGAUGCUGGAGAGGUGGCUAAAGAUGAAGAGUUUAAAGCUAGUGAUAGUUGGUUCAGCCAAUUCAAAAGUCACUGUAAUUGGCAUAGCAUUGCAGAAAGUGGAGAGACAGCAAGUGCUGAUAAAGAAGUUGUGUCUUACUAUCCAGAGAAAUUUAAAGCUAUUAUAGAUGAAGGUGGCUUUACCAGCCAAACCAUAUUCAAUGUAGAUGAGACUGAUCUGUUCUGGAAGAAGAUGCCUAAAAGAACUUUUAUCGUGGGUAAAGAGAAAACCUUUUCAGGUUUUAAGGCUGCCAAAGAUCAAUUGACAGUGAUGGUUGGUGCGAAUGCUGCUGGUGAUUGUAUUAUAAGUUAUAUAACUCCUACAUGCACACUGGGUUGUAUAAUAAAACUCCACUUACUUAAGCCUGUAACCGAUGUGAAACGGUAA